GUUUUUGUUGAUAUUCUAAAGAUUAGUCAUUGUUAUUUCAUUUUUUGUAUUUGAGCUUAGUUCAAACUUGACAUUGCCUUCAGAUUAUUUAGAACUUUUGACAGAUCAGCUCACAUUUUUAUUCUAGUUGUCAGAAAAAAUUUAAGGAGAGAUGAGAACUGGUUUUAUUUUCUUAUUUCUGCUGAUAUUGUCAGUUGUCAGUGGAAGCUUUAUAAAAACUGUAAACAAUAUUGAGGAUUUCAAAGAAAACAAUCCUGGCGUCACUUUAAUUGAAAUGGAUUUUGAAGAUCAAGAACAGUUUGUGAUAUCAAGAUCAUAUUCCUUGGGUGUAAGACAAACUGGUGAUUCUGUCGUUGCUAAUGGAAGUAAUAAAAGAAAAUGGUCGAUACCACAAAAUGUGACGACAACUUUAAGUUACCCAUCGUCGGGAGGAAAUGGAGCUUUUCUGACUUAUAUUUUAAUCAACUGUGAACAAUCUUCAAACCUGGGACGUGCUUACGUUACAUCUGGAGGUGUUGGGCAACAUUUUAUUCAGAUUAUAGUUGAAGCUCAAGUUACCAAUUAUUUCAACUAUGCUGCAUUUUUUUAUGGAAUCAAAUAAACUGUCAACCCUGCCUAAAUACUUAAUGUGAUCAAAGAGCUUAUAAUUACAUUAAACUACCUGGUCAACAUUAAGUUUGAGAAUUUAAUAAAGCUGAACAAUUAAUGGCAUUUAUUCAAUGUGUUAUAAUAAGCCCGAAUAACCCUAAGCAUUAAACAAUAAUAACUUGGAACUGCAAAGUAAAUUGCUCAGAAAAUUAAAUAAAACAUUAAAAACAAA